GAAUCUCCCAUGAGACCUUGGGAGAUGAUUCCACGCGUACGACGAAUCCAAGAUGGCGGAUCUAAAGUAUAUGUCGGGCUUCGGGAAUGAGUUUUCUUCAGAAUCUUUGCCGGAUGCUUUGCCCAAAGGCCAGAUUACACCUCAAAAAUGUCCCUAUGGUUUGUAUGCAGAACAGCUCUCAGGAAGUGCAUUCACUGCACCUCGUGGCAAAAACUUUAGAAGCUGGCUCUAUCGCAUCCGGCCAUCAGUAAUUCACCAGCCCUUCAAGCCGAUUCCUCAGGGGAACCUCACACAUGACUGGAAGGGGGCAGAGCCUGAUCCAAAUCAGAUGCGUUGGAAACCGUUUGACCUGCCACCAGCUUCUGAUAAUGUGGAUUUUGUACAAGGGCUUAGCACAGUGUGUGGCGCUGGUGAUCCAUGCAGCCGCCACGGCAUUGCUAUACACAUCUUUGCAUGCAAUGCUUCAAUGGAUAACAAAUGCUUGUACAGUUCAGAUGGAGAUUUCCUUAUUGUUCCACAGAAGGGCACCUUAAAUAUCACUACAGAAUUUGGUAAAAUUGAGGUCAAGCCGAAUGAGAUCUGCAUUAUCCAGCUUGGGAUCCGUUUCUCUGUGGCAGUUUCUGAGCCAUCACGGGGAUACAUAUUGGAGGUCUUUGAUGGACACUUUGAACUUCCAUGUCUUGGUCCAAUUGGUGCCAAUGGUCUGGCCAAUCCCCGUGACUUCCUGACCCCUGUUGCUUGGUAUGAGGAUCGCGAUUUGGAAGAGUUCACUGUUGUGUCUAAAUAUCAAGGCAAGCUUUUUGCAGCCACCCAGAAACAUUCUCCAUUUGAUGUGGUAGCCUGGCAUGGGAACUAUGCUCCCUACAAGUACAGCCUGGAUAACUUUAUCUCUGUGAACUCAGUCUCUAAAGACCACAUGGACCCUUCUAUCUUCACUGUGUUGACAUGUCAAAGCAACAAGCCAGGAACUGCCAUAGCUGAUUUUGUGAUUUUCCCGCCUCGCUGGUCUGUUGCUGAGAACACCUUUAGGCCACCCUACUACCACAGAAACUGCAUGAGUGAGUUUAUGGGCCUGAUUCUUGGCUCUUAUGAGGCUAAGGAAGAGGGCUUCAUGCCAGGCGGUGCCAGUCUCCACAGUAUGAUGACACCACACGGUCCAGACAGACAGUGCUUUGACAAGGCGAGCACUGGUGAACUCAAACCUCAAAGAGUGGCUGAGGGAACCAUGGCGUUUAUGUUUGAGAGUUCUCUCAGCAUGGCUGUCACCAAGUGGGGGCUGGAGACUUGUCAGAAGCUGGACCAGAACUAUUACAAGGUGUGGCAAAGCUUGGAGAAGAACUUUAACCCGGAUAAACCCUAACUGCCCCAAACCGCUCAAAGCAUUAAACAUGUUCAGUCUACUUAAAAAGUUAUUCAAGAAUUAUAGAAAAAUCAUAGUUUGUCGAAUGUGUGGCAAAAGCUUUGAGUAGAAGGGCUCUACCUCAGACUAAAGUCUGACAAGGCAAUUAUAGGAACAGCGGUAGAUUAAUUAGCGAUCAUUGGGCCAUUUUAAGGAUGUAUAUUUUUUCCCAUCGAUUUAGCUCUUUUAAAUGGUCUAUUUUAUCUAAUGUUGGGUUGAGAAUUGUAAGGAUUCUAGUAUGUUUGCCACAAACGCGUGAGAGGUCGGAUGCAUAAAUUACAUUUUAGGCGAGUUUUCGGGUUCAGGUUUUGUAAUACAAUAAUUUACCUCAUUAAGAGCGAGUGCUUUCAGUAGAAAGCAGGACUUCAUUAAACUCAUCAACACUAGAUGAGUUGGCGGGUAACCAUGGCAACCAUGUCACCGUCCCAGACAGGGUACCCGUCACACUGAUAAGCAGUGGAAUACUAAGUAACUAUAUGCCUAUCAGGGAUGGGAGGGGAGGGAAAUCGCUUCCUACGUCUCAGCACGAAACGACGUUUGAUCAGAGAGGAUUUGCCGCUCGGUGCAAAGCUACCCUUCGAAAGCAUACCGCUGCACCACGCGCGCCGGCGCAGGUCAUGUACGCAUAACCUCUAGAUCUCUGAGACGCUGCCCUGUGUUGUGAGUCUAACCUUGCCUAAAUGCGAGCAUUUAGCCUCAUAUAAAUAAAUAAUUAUAAACAAAUGCACAUGAUAGUAAUAAUAAUCUUUAUUCGUAAUAGAAAAAUACAUUUCUAGGAAUGUCUACGAACUCUCUGCGUUACACAUAUAGAAAUAUAAAACAAAACCAGCAGUUACAAAAAAAAACACGUUAUGUUAAUGUCGGAAAUGUUGUUGCUCGCUAGAAUUUUCUAGAUCUGAAUAAACUUGAUAUUUUUUUUGUA